AUGGCUGCUUCGGCGGCGGCGCCGAGCACUUGCCCCAGCUUCGCCGUGGUCUGCUCUUUUCUGGAGCGUUAUGGAGCUAUAUUGGGUCUGCCGGAGUUUACGCUUCCACAGCUGGAAGAAUAUCUACAGGAGACGUCGACAGUUCCUGAGGUCUUGGUGGAACUUCAUGUGAAGUUGCUGAGGAAAAUUGGCAAGUUUGCAACCACAGACAGAUGGGAGAAGUAUCUUGUAAAGAUAUGCCAGGAGUUUAACAGCACCUGGGCAUGGGAGCUUGAGAAGAAAGGUUACUCGGAGAUGUCAUUGGAGUGCAAGGCUGGAAUUCUCAAAUACAUAUGUGAGUGCCAGUUUGAUGAAAACGUCAGGUUCAAGACAACAGUCAAUGAGGAAGAUCCCAACAAGAUGCGGCUACAGCCCAUUGGUCGAGACAAGGAUGGGAUAAUGUACUGGUUCCAGUUGGACCAGGACUACAACAUCCGCAUGUAUGUGGAGGAGCAGGACGACCUGGAUGGGUCCUCGUGGAAAUGCAUCGUUAGGACACGAGCUGACCUGGCGGAGAUUGUGCAGCUGUUGAAGACCCAGAUCGAUCCCGAACUGCUGACCAAGAAAGAGGUGGAUGAUGAGAGGUCCACUAGUACCAGUCCCAGCCCUGAGGAUGAAGAGAAAAAGAAAGAGGGGUUUGAAGGGGAUGUAAUAAAGACUGAAAUGAAAGAGGACACUAAACAGAAUGAAAGUGACGGACCCAUCAAGGAUGCAUCAGUCCCUAAAUCCCCAGAGGAUAAAAGUGAGGAAAAGCCCUCAGUGAAAGAUGAGAAAGGGGACCUGAAGCAGGAGGGCACAGGCAGCAAGACGGCAGCUGCUGGAAGCAGUGAGAAGGGGGUGAAAACUGAGCCAAAAAACAGAUCGGAAAGCAAAGAGGAAGUAUCUGCAGACAGUAAAGAGCAAGCUUGCCAUGUUGUUAACAAAGAGGAACCACUAGGGGAGGUCAUAAGUGCCCCAGCAACAGCUGUAAGAAAAGAGGAGAGUCCCACCAAGGUGGCCGAGGAUGUCCAGAGGGCUGUGAAGAGCGACCAGCAGGCCAAAAUCCCUUUGAAGAAGCGAGAGAUGAAACUGAGUGAUGGCUUUGAUGGCAACAAUGGGGGCAGCAUCCGGAACACCUCAGUCACUCCUGUCAAAGAGCUGCUAAAGGAGGAAGGGGGAGAAGGGGGGAAUGGGGAAAAUGGGAAGAGGUUGUCGCCCCCUGCUUCUGCGGAGGAGACAAUGAAUGAGAGGAAAGGUGGUCCUAUGAAUGGAGAGGUUCACCCCCUGACAGAAACGAGUGACUGUGGUGACAUUAAAAAGAAGGUGUUGGACAGGGACGUGCAGGACAACUCUUCUGACAGCAGCCAGCUUGAGAAGGGUGAAGCAGAGCUAGCAUGUAGUAUUUCCAGAGAAGGGAAUGGACUGGCAAUGGGCAGCACAGUGGCUAAAACAAUACUGUGUGAAGAGGAGAUGGCAAAACUGAAGACAGACGAGCUGGACGAAGAGAAAGAGAAUAAGACUGAACAGGAGGUGGCAGCUAAGCCUGUGGUACCCACAGUCCCUGACACACUGGAGAAAACCACAAAAACGGAGGAGAAGGAAGCCACCGUCACAGCUUUAAAGGAGAUGAACACAAAAUCGUCCUCCAAAGAGCCAGAGAGGUCGUGUACACCUAAGGUAAAUCCCUUGGAAGACAGAGGGCACAGAAAACCAAAGGAGGCUGGUUCAGAAAGCUCUGACAAUGUCAAAGAGGACAUCAAGGAUGCUCAGAGAGAGAAAGAGGAGAUUGUUGAAAAAGAUACAUCCAAAAACAACAGAGAAGAGGACAGCACUAAGGAGGACACAGAGAGCAAAAGCACACUGGUAGAAUCUACAUCAGAGGUGGAAAGAGGAGAGCAGAGGUCCUGUGAUGAAAGUGGCCGGAUCAGAGGGGGUAGAGUCGGGAGAGGCAAAGACUGGGAACGUGGAAAAGGAGGAAGAGGAGCCCAAGAGAUGAAGACAGCAGAGGUGAAAGUGAACCAAGAGGGGGAGGGGACCAAGCAGGGCGGUGGAGGAGAUGCUGAAAAGUUGAAGGAUGCAGCUCUGACAACAGGAAAGGAGGAUGAGACCAGUGAGUUGUCAUCAGCAGAUAGGGAGGAGGGAACUCGGCCGAAGCUCAAGGCUCCUGUCAAUCGUAGGGUGAUGAAGAUUAGGAGGGAGGAGACGAGGCCAGACUCGGAGUCGGACUCUGCUGAGGGGAGGCCCCUGCGGAGGUCUCCCAGAAUCUGCCGGCCAAGCGCCAAGAUGGCAGAAAUCCAGGGCAUGAAAAAGAACAUAAAGGAGGAGGAGGAGGAGAAGGAGGAGGAUGAGGAAGGGGAAGAGAAGCCUGUGCAAAAGAAACGACAAAAAGGGAAUGCUGACUCAGACAGUCAGCCCAAGUCGACAAAGGGAACAAGGAGGCAGCGGAGGACAAGGUGGUCAAACAGUCGUACACGGAGGAGUAAAAGAAAGGACUCUAGUGAUGAGGACUACGAGGUGGAGGAGGAGGAGGAGGAAGAGAGUGAGGAUGACAACAGUGAUGAAGAUUACCAGGUGGAAAAGGACAUAAAGAUGAACAGGAUCAGAAAGAGGAGCAGACAGAGGAAUGAUUCAGACACCUCCUUGUCUUCUGCAGAUGAGAAGCCCAAUGAUGACCCCUGCAAACACUGUGGCCUUCCCAACCAUCCUGAACUAAUCCUGCUGUGUGACUCGUGUGACAGCGGAUACCACACUGCCUGCCUGCGACCUCCCCUCAUGAUGAUCCCGGAUGGGGAGUGGUUCUGCCCACCUUGCCAGCAUAAACUGCUGUGUGACAGGCUGGAGGAGCAGCUGGUUAACCUGGACGCAGCCUUGAAGAAAAGGGAGCGUGCUGAGCGAAGGAAAGAGCGCUUGGUGCACGUGGGGAUCAGUGAGGAAAACAUCAUCCCUCCCUCAGAGGAGAAGGUGGAGGUCAGGGUAGAGGAGGAAGAGGAGGAGGAGAAGGAGGAAGAGGAGGAAGAAUACAAGGACAAAAAAAAGAGCAAUUUUGGAAGGAGGUCAACGAGGAGGAAGAAACGCAUAAGCUACAGGUUUGAUGAGUUUGAUGAAGCCAUCGAGGAGGCAAUCGAAGAAGACAUCAGAGAGGCAGAAGGAGGUGGUGCCGGUAGGGGGAAGGACAUGGCCAACAUUACGGGCACAGGGGGGAAGGACAUCUCCAACCAUCUGCAGGAAGAGGGCAAGGAGAACGGCCGGCUGCCGCGGGCUGCCGCUGCCCCUCGUAAGAGGAAGCGGCGGCGCCUCAAUGACCUGGACAGUGACAGCACCCAGGAGGAGGAGAGUGAGGAUGAGUUUUGCAUCAGUGAGAGCUCAGAAGAGGAGCUGGAGUUUGUGGUUUCGGACAACGACGUGGAAAGCGAUGUUGAGAUCAACUCCUUUGAUGACAGCGACUUUGGCAGUACUGGCCGUGGCUCUCGUGUGAAAACCAAGAAAUGGAGCAAGAGGUGGAGAGGUGCAAAAGAAACACCUCCACGGCAGCGGCGUAGAAAAAGAUUCUAUUCGGACGAUGAAGAGGAAGAAGAGACGGACGAGCAGGAGGAAGAGGAUGAAAUAGUGACAGAGGGCUCUGACGAAUUUAGCGAGAAUGACCUGGACAUGACGAGGCGCAGGUCUCGCCGGAGCCUGAAGAAGCAGGUCAACUACCGUGAGACCUCAGACUCCGAGGGGUCACAGGCGGCCACCAAUCGAGACAAGAAGAAGUUGGUACAACAUCGCCACUGCAGCUCCGACAGCGAAGGGAGCUUUGUCUUGGAAGACUCAGAUGAAGAGGAGGAGGAGGAUGGGGAGAGGAGGAAUAAGAACGGAAGGGGGAAGGGUAAUUCUUCUGUGGGAGACUCCAGGCAGCGACAUAGACGGCUGACACUGAAGAGACGGAGAGCCUCGGAGGAAGACGACGACGACGACGACUCGGAAGAGUCGGAGGACGAGCGGCCUGUUCGCAAGAGGCUGAACCGCAUCGAUUCGGACGAGGAGGAGGAGGAGGAAGAGAGUGUGAAGAAGACUCACAAGAUGGCCAGCGAAGAGGAGAGCCCGCUGGACUACAACCUGGUGGAGCUCCCCUCUGCCAACGGACAUAACCCCAUGAAGGGGCUGGAGGGCUUCAUGACUGGCAGGCCAGGGGGCCUCCAGGGUGGGCCCAAAAUCAGCGGGGCACCAGCCGCUACCCUGGCACCCAAUGGCCUGGUACCACAAGAGAUUUCUCCGCAAGAUGAGGACGAAGAUGACCUCCGGGUGACCGACCUUGUGGACUACGUCUGCAACAGUGAACAGUUGUAAGACAUUAUGGUUUUACUGUUUAUUUUAUUUUUAUUGUAUUCUUUUAAUCAUUGGCCUAAACCACCUCCUCACCAUGUAAGUAUAAACUGGACUUCUGUGUUCUGGACAAGGGCUCACUGUGAUUGCUGCCAGGAGGAGUAUGCAUGUACACACAGUGUCUGUGCCCUCUUCUGCCUCUCUAUACACACACAAACCCAGGUAAAGGACUGCAACAAUGUCUUUGAACAGUCUUCUUUCUGUCCUGUCUUCAUAGUGCCCUUGGUCUUGAGAAAGGGCCUUGUUUUUGGCCUUCUUUUUACAGAAAUUUAUAUUUUAGACACUAUCCUCUGCUUGUUUGUCCUUUUAUGAAAAUGUUUUCUUGCAGUAAUAUUUUUAUAUUUUAUAUGAACACUUUGCCUAACCAUAACAAAAAUGUUUUGGAAGGGAGAUAGAAAAGCAUUCCAUUCUCAACCUUGAGUUUAAGGGAUCUCCAGCAGAAAACGAACCUUUUUUUUCUAAUAAGUCAUGAUUUCACAAACUCAGUUCUGCCAAGGAACAGGAAAUGAUGUCCUGUCAGUGGUAAAUUCGUCCAGUCAAGUCAGAUUUAUUUGCAACCCUUGACAGCCGAUCAUCACUUUCUUACCCUCCGUCAUGACAAACUGCUGAGAAAUAUAUUUAUGUCUUUGCUUACGUUUUAAAGGAAAAAUGUUCUUUUUGAAUGGAU